CAGGAAGUGUAUUUUUAUCGGCGGACACAACAUGGUUUUGCGGUAACUAGUACGAACGCGAUGACCACAAACCUGUCAGAUUCAAAGAUUCAAACAUUUUUAUGACACCGCCAAUGGCACGGUUGCUAUGUUAAAGGUUAGCUGCAGACCAAGAACAUGAGCGCUGGGUGGUCUGAUGAUGCAGAUCCCCCAGACGAUUUGGCAUCAUUUGAGGUCCUCUCAAACCCUGGACCUUCUGACCUGAAUGAAUACCCGCAGCAUAUGGAGGCAGCACAGGACAAAGCCAAGCUCAAACGCAGGCUCAUGUCUGCAUGGAACAAUGUGAAAUAUGGAGGCUGGUCACUGAAGUCCAAGCCUCACCUCAGUAAGACCUCCCCUGUGUGUCUGCUUGGCCACACAUACCAGCUUAGCUCUGAAGGUGAGCGGGAGCAGUUUCGGCGGGCGUUCUCCUCACUGCUGUGGAUGACCUAUAGGAAAGGUUUUGCUCCUGUGGGCGGCUCCUCUCUCACUUCGGACAGUGGCUGGGGCUGCAUGCUCCGCACUGCGCAGAUGUUGCUCGCUCAGGGACUGCUUAUACACCUGAUGCCAGAGGGCUGGACGUGGCCGGGUGCGUGUCACCAAACCAAAGAUGACCUGGACGUCAAAGCCCCCCAGCAAUCAGGACGGAGAAGUGACCUGGGCAAACUUUGGAGGAGACGCAGUGUGGGUAGCACGCUGGACAAUGUUGAGGACACAGAGGACAGCAAACACCGCCACCUGGUAGCCUGGUUUGGAGACACACCCUCUGCUCCUUUCAGUCUGCACCAGCUGGUGGAGCUGGGCAAGACCUCGGGGAAACGGGCUGGAGACUGGUAUGGCCCGUCCAUCGCAGCACACAUACUCCGUAAGGCUGUAGCAGCAUCUGAGGUCCCUAAUCUGGCUGUGUAUGUAGCACAGGACUGCACUGUUUAUGUAGGAGAUGUUGUGAGAUUGUGUGAGGAACCUCAGUCUCAGUGUAAUACGUCCAUUAUUAUACUGGUGCCUGUGAGACUUGGCGGAGACACCUUCAAUCCUGCCUAUGUGGAAUGUGUGAAGAAACUUCUUCAGCUGAAAUGCUGCAUUGGAAUCAUUGGAGGAAAACCAAAGCACUCUUUAUAUUUUGUUGGAUUCCAAGACGACAAGCUGCUAUAUCUGGAUCCUCAUUUAUGUCAAGCUGCUGUAGAUGUCAGUCAAGCUAACUUCCCUUUGGAGUCGUUCCACUGCAAGGCUGCGAGGAAGAUGUCCUUUCACCGCAUGGACCCCAGCUGUACUCUGGGGUUUUAUGCCAGAAACAGGAAGGACUUUGACUCUCUCCGCACUGAGAUCACCACGGCUCUGACCUCAUCUCUUGAGACGUACCCCAUCUUCACCUUUGUGGAAGGCAAUGGGCAGGAUGAGCAUGAGGAAGAGGUGUUUACCUCAGAAUCUGUAGCGCACAUUGUGGCCAAAGACAAACGUAAACGGAGCAAUAAGCGUAGCAGCGUGGAUGAUUUUGUAAUGCUUUGAACACUGGAGUCAGUAUUGAUGACAUGAACAAAUUCCUAGUUUCUAAUUGGAGACGCCAGCAGAUGUAAUUUUAAUAUUUUGGUAGUUUUUUUAAGAAGAUCUGAUAUUGCCCUUCAGGCUUUUAUAUUUGAUAUAAAAUUUUGGCGUCUGUUGUAUAAGCUCUAGGAUUCUCUUUAAAGCAGAAGGUGCUGGCAACUGGACGAAUGUUCGGACAGCAGUGUCAAUAAUAGCAGUCUCUAGUGCACAUGUUCUGAAAUGCUGUUUUAAAAACACUACUUACUGUAAUGGCCUUAUGCUGUUAGCAGCACUGUGUCGGUCAGUCCAUAUAGCUCUAUUCAAAGUACUAUUGUUACAUUCCACAGUGCCAGUGUAUUUUAAAGUAAAGGUUCAGCGAAUUCUCCACUUACACCAGAUGUAGUGAGCAGCCAAGACAUGUUUGAUGUCCACAUUUUGCCCCUUUAGUGCUGGAGAAGCUAGCAUUGCUAAGAAACACUAGAAGUCAAGUCACCCAAAUCUUUCCUGUAAGUACAUGGCCAAAACCUCUUUUAAUGUGCUCAAACUGCAUCCAGGUCUUCAUUAAGGUUGUGCAGACUUUUCAGUGUGAAUUAGGAUGCAGUAUGACUUACUGUGAACUAUACAAAUGAACAAAAAACACAAAGUAGCUGAACAUUGCAGGAAGCCAUUUUAUACAAAAAUGCUGUCGUAUGGACGCUACAGAUUAUAUUCAUGAUUUCUGUCCUUUCAGUUUAUAACUGUUCAUCUCCAACUGAAGAUAUGUUUAAAAAUCGAAACCAAAAUCAUGAAUGUCCAAGGGCCUGCAUAAUAUACACAUAUCAUUUGUAUAGUUCCUUGUUAUAGUUAUUCUGUGUCCUAAACCGCAUUGACAAGUCUGCACAACUUUAAUAAAAGACCUGGAUGUGGUUUGAGUGGGUUGAGCGAAGUUUUGUGGAUGUAUUCAUGGAAAUGAUUUGGGUGACAAUUGAUUUCUAGUGUUUAUUAGCCACCCUAGACUUUUAGCUCCCUUAGCUGAACUAAAGAAACGAGAUUUGGAGAACAGACAUGCUUUGGCUCAGAGACUGCGUCUGAGGUAAGGGGAAAUUAGAUUUUGCUGAACCAUUUCUUGAUGCUCCUUUGAAUGCCACACUGUGUUUCCCAUCCAGUUCAGGUCAUUGGCUUGUUAAGCCUCUGGGUAGAAACGCUUUUAGAGUCACUGAGGUUUAAGUCUUUAUCCUCUCCCUGGAGUCUUAAUCCUGUUUGUCCUCUCAUCUUAACAUGCAGCAAUGGCGUGCUGUGACCUCUAGUGUUAGCCACAAUAGCUGUUUAUCUCAAACCAGCAUUUGUCCUGCUUCAGUUCAGACACUUGUUAAUAAUGAUGCAGCCAGAAUUCCCCAAAAGCAUGUAAAUGUUAAGAUUAAAUGCCUUUCAGUUGACCUAUCCAGGCUUCGCCCACAAAGGCGUUCUUCAUAGCUACUGUGGUGAGGUUGGACAAACUUUACAGUAUAAUGGAUUAUGUUGUUUUUACUAACUGAAACUAGGUAGGUUUUGCACACACACACACACACACAAAACAUCUACAUACGAAAUAAGUGUAAUUUUUAAAUUAACAUAUAAAAUGUGAUGGGAUUGAAGCACUGAUAUGGGAAUUUGUUGGCCAGUGCAGAUAGUCGAUAUUCUUCAUGUAUAUGUCUGCCAAAGCAGAUACCGCUAUCAAUACAUCAACAUUUUUAUAAGGAGUAAAAAUUCAAAAGUAGAUCCACGUGAAUUUGCAUUACAGAAAAAUAUAACCUUUAUUUGUGGAGUCCUACCAAUGCACUAAACAGAAUAAAGAAUGGAUAUUUAGCAUAGUAACCCAGGUUACAAAAAUAUGUAUUUAUAUCGUUUUGAAACAUCGGUCAAAUCUGAAAAUCUGUCCCAUGCAGAUAUUUUUAAAGCAAAUAUGAUAUUAUUCUGAUAUCAUUGUGCGUCUGUAUUUACAAAUGCAAUAAAAUUAAUAAAAUGCAAUAUCACCUAAAUGUUCUCUCUUACAAAGUGCAAAAUAUGUCAUCAAAUAUCAGCUUCAAAUGUCCGAUCUAAACAUCUGUCUAAUGGCAACACUGAGAUUCUGACACCAUUGUGCAUCCCUGUAUUUAAAGCAGUAAUUGGUCAUGGUACAGUUCUUAUGGUUCUUUCGUGCAUCAGUGCGGUUCUUGUGCCUAAUAUAAAGUCAAGGCCUGUUUUUUGGUCAUGACAUUGUAGCUUUCGUGGUUGUUAUAGGUCUGAUUCUGCUCAUCAGCUAGUGCAGUUGAAUCCACUGUGGUACAGCAGAGCCAACACUAAACUGUGCAGUUUGGAAUUCAGACAUCCUGAUGAAGACAAUAAGCUAGUUUUGCACUGUAGCUGAAAGAUGACGUCUGCUUUAACGUGUCCUCUGAAAACUGCUGUCUAAGCUGAUUUGUGCUUGUUGUGUUAAACCAAAGCUGAUGGAAACACUGGAUUGCUUUUUUUUACUGGUUGCUUUUUUCAGUUUUUUUUAUUUCUUACUGGGAGGUUGUGUGUGAGUGUGCAUGUGUGUCACUUUGCUGGUUUUAUGUCUUCUUGCUAGCACUUUUAAUGAAGGUUUAAUGAAGAUCCGUUAUUAUGACAAGGCUGUGUUUGUAUCACUGUAUGUAAUUUACUCUGUAAAUAACUUAAAAUUAAGCAUUUUAUAAUUAAAAUAUUCAAAAUGCAAAAAGAAUUGAACUCU